GAUGGUGAAGUGGUUGUUUAGUAAAUCUUUCUCCUUUAAGGAUUCCAUUAUCAGAGACCAUUUGAAAACAUCAGUUUCGUUUUGUCUUUUGAGGGAGAUCCUGGGUUUCAUCAAGUCAGCCCUGUUGGGUAAUAUUUCUCUCUGCCAGAUUUAGGAACAGGCCUUCGAUAUUUUGAAUCACCUUUACAUGGAGCACAAAGAUGAUGACGAUGAUGAUGUGUCUUUUGCCAAAUGGAUGAGCAGCUUCUGGGGUCACAGCUGGAUAGAGGAGGAUGAGAGAGGACUCCGGGACCGCCAUGGAUCACAGAACUCCAGUUACAGGAAAACCUCCCUGCCCUGCCCAGAGAAAGCUCCUACUGAUCAAGAAGAUAAAAUUUCAGUCCAACAUGAGAUUUGUUUGUUUCCUGUGCUUCCCAGCAUGAUGUCAUCUGACAGCCAUCCUAGAAGUCAUUCUUAUGAGGACCAGGGAUUUCAAUGCCGUACUCACGUGAGGGAUUACAGAAAAUACUCAGAGGAUGGGUCAUUCAAGGAGCCCCUGGAAUCAAAAAGAAGAUCCCAUUCCAAAAUUCAGGCAUUUUCAGAGUCCUUUGAACAGCAACUCUGCUUUAGAACCAAACGCUCUGUCUCUUCGGGACCUGAGAGCAGAAAGGAGAGAAAUGAGAGAGAAUACCGGGCAGUGGAAAUGAGGUCUUGCAAGAAAGUGGAGGAAAGAAGGAGCUCUGGGAAGGAAGAGUGUGGAGAAGCUUACCUGCCCGCCCUGUCUGAAAGGGGGCCCAAAUAGUAC